AUGGCCGCCAUACGACAUCCAAACGAGGAUGCCGCGGAGAUGCAAGACGCCCAGGAGCGCGCAGUCGGAAUCUCUGUCUUCGUUCGUCCAGAUGCGCCUGGGUUCAGAUGCACGGUGAAGCAACGUUACACCGACUUCCUGGUGAACGAGAUCCAACCGAACGGCGAAACGCUACACCUCACGGAAAUCUUUGGUGAACAGGACAAGAAGCGAAAGCGAGAGGAAGACGGUGAAGCGUCGCGAAAAAAGCAGCGAGAAGAUGAAGCAAUCCCAGCUGCAGGUGGUGCUGAGAAAGAGGCUGAAGAUGCAGUAGCAAAUGGGCAGUCAAAUGGGGCAUCAGCUUCGUCAAAGCCGGAGAUUGAGACUACGAGCGCUUCUGUUGACGCUGUAAAAGCAGAGGCAAUCGCCAGUAUUUCAGACGAAGACAAGUCAACUCUCAACAAUGUGUUUGGCGAAAAGACUACAUCCUCCAUUCUCAACCUAUAUGCUGCUGUGGUUGCGUUUCCUGAUCGCAAAGCUAGAGACCAUGCUGCGAUCUCUUCAGACCCUUUUGCUGAGAAGUCAAAACGGACGGAAGCGCACAUGUGCAUCCGUCGCAUCUUCAAGUCCAAGCUAGAGACGAUCACUGUGCAGGAGCAGGAACACCAAUCUGGUCCGGGCACGGUCAUCUCCAUCAAGGCUGCACCGCCCAAGUCCUCCUCGCAAGCCAAUGGCAAUGACCGCAACAGUCGAGAAGGGCAGCGCGGCAAGCAGCAGUGGUCAGAUCUAGGAGGUGAGUACCUGCAUUUCAGCUUGUACAAAGAGAAUAAGGAUACGAUGGAAGUGCUGUCCUUCAUCGGCUCUCAACUCAAGAUGCACAUGAAGCACGUCAGCUUUGCAGGAACGAAAGACAGGAGAGGUGUUACGGUCCAGCGCGUGGCCAUCCACCGUGUCCACCGACACCGGAUUGAGGGCUUGAAUCGCAUUGCCAGAGGAUGGAAGGCUGGUGGUCCAUGGGAGUACAAGAAGGAAGGCCUGGAGCUUGGUAUGCUGUCUGGCAACGAGUUCUUGCUCACGCUCCGUGAUGCAAGGUUCGACGGCGAAGAGCCUGGUUGGAGUAUGGAACAGAGAUUGAACCACGCCAAGAGCAUCGCCGAGACUGCGGCACAGAACCUGCACGCUUCCGGCUAUCUGAACUACUACGGUCUCCAGAGAUUCGGCACGUACAGCACAGGAACCCACAUCGUGGGCAUGAAGAUGCUGAAGGGCGACCUCCAAGGUGCCGUUGACUCUCUUCUGUCGUACGACGAAUCUUUGCUGGAAGAGUCGUCGGAAGAUCGCAAGGUGCCUCAAGACGAUGUCUCACGAGCAACUGCCAUCCACAACUUCCUCAAGAAUCGCAGCUCGAACGAAGCGCUAUCAGAACUACCAAGCCGCUUCAACGCCGAGCGAGGCAUCAUCACUCACAUCGGCAAGCGUGACAGAAAGACUGGCCGAAGACCCAACGAGAAUGACUUCCAAGGAGCGUUGAUGUCGAUUCAGCGGCAACUGAGGCUCAUGUACGUUCACGCGUACCAGAGCUUCGUCUGGAACACCGUAGCCGGCAAGCGCUGGGAGACUUUCGGAGACAAAGUCGUCGAAGGCGAUCUCGUUGUCGUCGGCGAGAAAGAACAGCAAGAAGGUGUUGCAAAUGGCAACGCAUCUCACUCUGAAGAAGUCGACGAGGACGGCGAGCCCAUCAUCCACCCCUCGGCAACCACAGCAAGCGGCACAGAAGAGGCAGCCACCGCAGCAGCAACAGCCGUAGACCUCGACGACCUAAUCACGCGCGCCCGACCCUUGAGCAAAACCGAAGCAGAAAGCGGCCGCUUCAGCAUCCUCGACGUCGUCCUCCCACUCCCUGGCUUCGACGUGGAGUACCCCAAGAACGUAAUCGGCCAAUUCUACACGGACUUCAUGGCGUCCGAGAACGGCGGUGGAAUCGAUCCGCACAACAUGCGCCGUGCCUGGAAGGAUAUUUCUUUGCCCGGUGGAUACCGCAAGCUGAUGUCUCGACCGCUGGGCAAGGGUGUUGAGGUCGAGGUUAAGGCUUAUAGUGGGCCUGAAGAGCAGAUGGUGGAGACGGAUUUGGAGAGGUUGCAGAAGGCUCAGAAGGCGGCGAAUGGCGAUGCUGGAGAGGUGGUCAAGAGUGAGGACGGCGCUACUGCUGAGAAGGAUCGGAUUGCAGUCGUUCUCAAGAUGCAACUGGGCAGCAGCCAGUAUGCCACGAUGGCUUUGAGGGAGUUGACCAAGGGCGGCGCGGUGGGUUAUAGGCCGGACUUCUCUGCUAAGAAUAGGUAG